CUUCGCACAAUAAAGGCGAGCAAUCCUUUGCAACUACUUCUGUCAAAUAUUUUUCGUGCAUUUCUGCGUGCUGUGUAGAGAGUGCAAUUUUGGGUUAAUACGAUUCAUUUUUUGAGGCUUUUGUUCCCCUGAGUUUUAUUCUACAGGCGAGAAUUUUCUGCUUUAUAAUCGACAAUGGCGGAUGUAAAUAUGGGAGAGGUUGAAACCUUUGCAUUUCAGGCUGAAAUCAAUCAGCUUCUGAGUCUCAUUAUUAACACUUUUUAUAGUAACAAAGAGAUUUUUCUUCGGGAACUUAUCAGCAACGCCUCUGAUGCCUUGGACAAAAUUCGGUUUGAAGGGCUGAUGGAUAAGAGCAAAUUGGAAGCUCAGCCGGAGCUUUUCAUUCGAAUUGUUCCCGACAAGGCUAACAAGUGCCUCAGCAUUGUGGAUAGCGGAAUUGGCAUGACUAAGGCUGAUCUGGUGAACAAUUUGGGUACAAUUGCGAGAUCGGGAACAAAGGAAUUCAUGGAGGCUUUGCAGGCCGGGGCGGAUGUAAGCAUGAUUGGGCAGUUUGGAGUGGGAUUUUACUCAGCUUACCUGGUGGCAGAGAAAGUAGUUGUGACUACAAAGCACAAUGACGACGAGCAGUACAUUUGGGAGUCACAGGCCGGGGGUUCCUUCACUGUGACCAGGGAUGUUAGUGGCGACCCUCUUGGCAGAGGAACUAAGAUCACUCUCUGGAUGAAAGAGGACCAGAUGGAAUAUCUUGAAGAGCGUAGGCUCAAGGAUUUGAUUAAGAAGCACUCGGAAUUCAUGAGCUACCCGAUCUAUCUGUGGACUGAGAAGACCACAGAGAAGGAGGUGAGCGAUGACGAAGACGAAGAGGAGAAGAAAGAAAAAGAGGGCGAUAUUGAAGAAGUGGAGGAGGAUAAGGACAAAGAGAAGAAGAAAAAGAAGGUUAAGGAAGUCUCUCAUGAGUGGACCCUGCUUAACAAGCAGAAGCCCAUCUGGAUGAGAAAGCCAGAGGAGAUUACGAAAGAAGAAUAUGCUUCUUUCUACAAGAGCUUGACAAAUGACUGGGAGGAUCACUUGGCGGUCAAGCAUUUCUCUGUUGAAGGGCAACUGGAGUUCAAGGCUAUUCUGUUUGUUCCAAGGAGGGCUCCGUUUGAUCUAUUUGAUACAAGGAAAAAGCCCAACAACAUCAAGCUCUAUGUGAGAAGAGUGUUUAUUAUGGACAAUUGUGAGGAGUUGAUUCCUGAGUAUUUGGGCUUUGUCAAAGGUGUUGUAGAUUCUGACGAUUUGCCCCUCAACAUCUCUCGAGAAAUGCUACAGCAGAACAAGAUUCUCAAGGUAAUUAGGAAGAAUUUGGUGAAGAAAUGCUUAGAAAUGUUCAAUGAAAUUGCAGAGAACAAGGAAGAUUAUGCCAAGUUCUAUGAAGCAUUUUCCAAGAAUAUCAAACUUGGCAUUCAUGAGGCCAGCCAAAACAGGACUAAAUUGGCUGAUCUAUUGAGGUACCAUUCUACAAAGAGUGGAGACGAGAUGACCAGUCUGAAAGACUAUGUGACCAGAAUGAAAGAGGGGCAGAAGGACAUCUUCUACAUUACCGGUGAGAGCAAGAAAGCUGUAGAGAAUUCACCAUUUUUGGAGAGACUGAAGAAGAAAGGUUACGAAGUUCUGUUCAUGGUGGAUGCCAUCGAUGAGUAUGCGGUGGGACAGCUGAAGGAAUACGAUGGAAAGAAGUUGGUCUCGGCCACCAAGGAAGGGCUCAAACUGGAGGAAACAGAGGAAGAGAAAAAGAAGAAGGAAGAGAAGAAAGCUGCAUUUGAGAGCCUGUGCAAAGUUAUAAAGGACAUAUUGGGAGACAAGGUAGAGAAGGUAGUUGUGUCUGACCGUGUUGUGGAUUCUCCAUGUGUGCUUGUGACAGGGGAGUAUGGAUGGAGUGCGAAUAUGGAGCGAAUAAUGAAGGCGCAAACUCUGCGGGACAGCAGCAUGUCGAGCUACAUGUCGAGCAAGAAAACGAUGGAAAUCAAUCCGGACAAUGCCAUAAUGGAGGAGAUGCGGAAGAGGGCAGAGGCAGAUAAGAAUGACAAGUCCGUCAAGGACCUGGUUCUGCUCAUCUAUGAAACGGCGUUGCUCACUUCAGGGUUCAGCCUGGAUGAUCCAAACACCUUUGCUUCCAGAAUUCACAGGAUGUUGAAGCUGGGACUCAACAUUGAUGAGGAGGAUCUCUCUGUAGAGCUAGACUCUGAUAUGCCGCCUCUGGAAGAAGGUGCCGUCCAGGAGGAGAGCAAGAUGGAGGAGGUGGACUAAAUCCAUUCUGAUUUCUUUUCCUUCUUCUGGGGAAUUGGGUCUCGCAUAUAGGAGCAAUUGAAAUUAAAUUCAAAUUAAAGGAGUAUAUAUAUAGGUAGAGGUAAUUUUGUGUGAAUAAAUAGGUUGUCUUCGGGAAAUGGCUUUAAGGUUAUGUGACAGCGGGGGCUUACAGGUCCUGCUCUUUGUAGACAUUUCUAAAUUUUUUCUAAGAACAAUAAAUUUUUUCUAAGAACAGUAGAAAUUAACAAUCCUUUGAGAUUAUAAAGGAGUGUUUGGUUGAUGGAUUCGGUAAUCGAAGGCCAGGGGAAUUUUGUCUAUUUAGACGUAUGGGCUAUUGUCAUAUGAGUAUAUAAAUAUCCCCGACUCUGAAGGCUAGGGGAAUUGCCAUUGUCAUAUGAGUAUAUAAAUAUCCCCGACUCUGAAGGCUAGGGGAAUUUUGUUUAUUUAGAUGUAUGGGUCAUUGUUAUAUAAGUAUAUAAAAGUAUAGGGGAAUUUUGUUUA